CGUCCAGAAACAGUGUGUGGAGCUCAAAUUGCAGCUGACACGUGGUUUCAGGAAAAAGAAGCUUUUUACUUUCACAUUCAGUAAGCUACAUCGUUAUCACUGGCAGGCACACGUUUCUGUUUUUCUUCACUCUGCUCGUUUGCUGUCUAAGGCUUUACAAAAUGUCUGGAGACGACAACAACUUUGAUUAUGAUUCAAUCCUUGAAAAAAUGAAAGACAAACCGAUGUAUCAGAAUGUAUCAGGAAAUAUAACCAAGCAGUACCAAUAUGAGAUCAGGAUGACCUACUUAAUUAUAUAUUCUAUUGUCCUCAUCCUUGGUGUCACCCUCAACUUCAUCGUCAUUUUCAUCAGCUGCCUAAAAAAAAAGAAUUCCCCAAAGGUUGCAACUUGGAUUAUGGCAUUGGCUUUAACACACUUCGUCUCCUGCAUAUCUAUUGUUUUUCAGUUCCUGUAUGCUUACAAUAACUUCAUAUGGGAUUACGGAAGUGCAAGCUGCAAGCUGUCAUCCUAUAUCACCUACGGCAGUAUGUUCUCCACGUCAGCCAUGCUGAGUCUCUGGAGCAUUAGUUCUUCUUUUUCAAAAGUCGCAUGCAUGAACAAGUGCAAGAACUGUAACCUGAUUCUGAUUUCAUUUUCCUGGACCAUUGCAGCAGUCUUGGCAUGUCCUUCGCUGUUCUCCAGAGAGAUCCGAUUUUCUCAGUGCAUUGAUGAUUAUGACUUGGACAAAGAAAAAACAACUCAAAACGGCAUUAUAAGGCUGAAGACUGUUGUUGUCAUGCGAUUUCUCCUAGGGCUUCUCAUGCCAGCUUUGAUCAUGUUUUUAAGCUAUUUGGCAUCAGCUCAAAGAACAUGUCAAGACUGCAAGAAGCAGGCACAGAUAAUCUGUGCUAUAAAGAUUUCCUACUUUGUGUUCUGGGGCCCUCAAAUCGUCUUAACCAUGCUUCAAGCCACCGUAAAUGAGUUCUUGGGUCUAAAUAUGUUGAGAUAUGGACUUCCAGGAGCUACUGCAAUGGCCAUAGCCCACUGUUGUAUCUUUCCACUUAUCUAUCUGUUAUUCGGAGGCAGCAUUAAAAUGAACUGGAUGACACAUGACUCAGAUCAUGGAACGGAGAAUUAUAAAAGCAUCAGAUUGCAAAUGAGCCAGAAGGUCAACUUUCCAGUGUUUCCUCUGCCUUUCUAACCUGAUAGAUGCUGGGAUAGGCUCCAGCAACCCUGCGCUCCUACAAAGGAUAAGCAAGAAUGGAUGGAUGAGCCAGAUCACAACAAUGAAGACAAUCCACCAAAAUGCAUGGUAGUAAUUUCUGGAUGCAAACUGACCAAACUUUUAAUACUAAGAGUAUUCUGAAUGUUGGUCCUGUUUUGUCCACUUUCAUGCUUUGCUUCAAGUUAUAUGCUGCUUUUGUGGUGAAAAAUGCAUCAGAUGCACUAAAGCAAAAUUAUAACCACAUUGCUAGAAUAAGUAUUGCUACAGAAACACUAUUAACCCAAGUUUUAUAUCCUGUUGUAUCAAGCUCAUAUAGAGGACCAUUUGAAGCCAUUUUUUUAUUGAUGGUGUGUCAUAGUAUUGUUUCUGUUUUGUCAUAACAGUGUAAUUUUUCCUAUAUUAUAUUAUAUUAUAAAUUAAAGAAUGUGCAAGUAUUUGUUUUAGGGCCACAAUGUAAUGAAUAUAAAGCAGAUUAUGUAUUUUCAUAUGUUAUGU